AUGCUCCAAUCUAGGAGUGCUUCUUCUUCUUCUUCCUCUGCGACAGCAUCGCCAAAGAAGAAGGCUGCCCCCUCUCCGCCUCGCCCUUCGUCCUCCAUCCUGCUGCUCUCCCCGACAAACGAGGUGCUGCUGCUGCACCGCGUGCAGACGUCAUCAUCGUUCCCGUCGGCACACGUCUUCCCGGGUGGAAACUGUGAGAGCUUCCACGACGGGGAGAUCCCGGAUGCCGAGGAUGCGAGCGGUGGGAGGCAUGCGGACGGCCCCGCGUACAGGUGGGCAGGCGUGAGGGAGUGCUUUGAAGAGAGUGGUAUCCUGUUGGCGAAGAGGGAGGGGGAAGAUCGGUUAGCGAAGGUGGAUGAGGAGGAGAGGGAGAGGGCGAGGAGGGAUGUGCACGCGGGGAAGAGGAGGUUCGGAGAUGUGCUGAAGGAGUGGGAUGUCAAGGCUGAUAUUGACAACCUCAUUCCAUUCACCCGGUGGAUCACGCCCACGAACGCCCCGAAGCGCUUCACGACGCAGAUGUACCUGUACCUCAUGCCACUCCCCUCCCAGCAGGGAACCACCACGGCAGCAGCGACGGCGGACGAUGCCUCUUCUUCUCUCCCCCUGGACCACGACGCCGUCAUCCCCACGCCCGACGGCGGCGUCGAGCACACGGCCGCGCGCUUCCUCCCCGCGCACGCCUGGCUCGACGCCGCCCGCGCCGGCGACAUCAUCCUCUUCCCGCCGCAGUUCUUCCUGCUCCACCUCGUCGCGCAGCACGUCAAACCAUCGUCAUCAUCAUCAUCCCCCUCAGCCCCCCCUCUCGACGUCCUGCGCAACCAGCGCGCCGCCCUCCUCUCGUUCAUCAGGGAGGGCGGCUGGGGCGACAAGUGCAUCUCGCCGGCCGUCGUGGGCGGCGGCCGGCGCAAGAGCGACGGCAGGGUCGUCCUGGCGCUCGACAAGCCCGGGCCCGAGCUGGCGGGCAAGGGCCGCGCGGGCGUCAGCGAUUACGUCGUCUUGGUCGAUUUCACGAAGGAAGGGCCGAGGCGGGUCGAAGUGGGGUUGAAGAGCGAGGUUUUGGCUGAGGAGAGGGGGAAGAAGGAGGGGGUGGUGGGGAAGCUGUAA